CAGGAAAGCAGAUGCUAAAUGAAAUUAAUGGAUUUUGAAUGUGUUUGAUAUACAACUAAAAGAAGAUGUAGCAGAUGUGCAUGAAUAGUGCCGCAAUUACAGUGGGCUAUGACCUCAGUGAUGUCCGGCCUAUUGCCGGACACUAACGGUGUGCAGUUCACGGCCAGGCCUGCUUUACGAACCAGGGAUGGUGGGCGCAGCACUGCCAGAAAUGGACGCUCAUCCUCCAUUGGUUCAGCAUCUGCCAUGUCGGAGGACAGUAUUGUGACCCCCAAUGCAAGUUUGUCAAGUAUCGAGAUUGAGGCCCUUCUCAGGGAGAAGGUGCGAGGCCGGGGUGACGACAUUAUACGGGCCUUUCACACAUAUGAUGUUGAUCAGACUGCCAGCGUCACAAAAGGAGAGUUUCGACGUGUUCUUGAGAACUUCUGUACUCCUCUUACUUCCGACCAAUUUGAUGCUGUCGUAGCAAAGGUGGAGAAAAACCCUAAUGGGACGGUGAAGUACACUGACUUUCUCAGCAAGUUUGGUCACUCUCAGACCAAUGCUGGCAAUCCCUCGGGACGACGGUCAUCUAUCGACAAGUGGACAAAUGGAGUGCCAAGAUUUCCUUGCCCACCUACACCAAAGGAGAUCAAUGUGGAUAUGAUUGAAAAGUUGCUGAAAGAAAAGAUUGAAGUUAACCUGAAAUCUGUAGUGAAGGCCUUACAGCUGUUUGACUACAACAGAGAUGGUCGUAUCCAACGACAUGAGAUGAGGCGUGUCAUUGAAAACUACUGCUUUAAACUCUCAGACCAGCAGUACGAUAAGUUAUGGCAGCGUUACGACUUCCAUCACUCAGGAAUGGUGAACUACAAGGACUUCCUGGCCAGACUUGGUGUUUCCGUCAACAACCGAGCCAAGCCCCAGCAGGACGGCACUGUGGCAGCCCUAAACUGGCAGCAGAACACGCCCCACCCACACCUGCGUAACUACAAACAGAGACAGGAGGACGAACACAUGCUCAAGUCCAUGAGCUUCCGUGAGAUAGAGAUCGAGUUCAGGAAACGGAUGCGUGACAAUUACCUGACCCUGAAGAAAGCGUUUAUGUCAUUUGACACGCGCCUAGAUGGUUUCAUCUCCGUGGACGACCUUCUGUCCAUCCUGACACAAUUCACUCUGCCCAUGUCCAAACAACUGUUUUCUCAGCUCAUGGACAAGUGUGGAGUGCAUGCGACUGGUCGGGUUGACUGGGAGAACCUCCUGGAGAAAUUCCAAGACCCGGUUAUGGUCGGCAAUGGCCAGACUCUUCCCAUCAGGCCAAACCACAAGUUUUUCCCAGUGAAGGAGGGUAUACAGACGGUUGCGGUUGAUGAAAUCUGGAAGCUCCUAUACAAGCAUGUACAGUCUAACUACCGGUCCAUCAAACAGGCAUUCCUAGAGUUUGAUGUGAACCGUAAGGGUCGUGUAUCACGAUCAGAGCUACGUAACAUCCUUGAGAAGUUUCACAUUCGCCUCCAAGACAGCCAGUUUAAGCAGCUGAUGGAGAAGAUUGACCCGCAUCAUACCAACAACAUCUCCUACCAGAAGUUCCUCGAGCUGUUUGAAGAAACUGAUGGACCGGAGGGGCACAAGUGGCUGAACUCAGUGCACAAAGUGAAUGAACACACAAAGCCGGCUAUAAUGGCUUGGGAAACGAUUGAAGAGAUAUUGAAGGAGAAGAUUACAGAGUACUGGAAGAAUGUGUCGAGUGCGCUCCUUGACUACGAUUACAAGAAUGAUGGACAUAUCAGUCACAGAAACCUGAAGAAAGUCCUUGAUAACUAUGUCCUGCCAGUGUCUGAUGAACAUCUGCAGAGUAUGAUAUCUCGGUGUGAAGACCGCACAGAGAGCAAGGUGAAUUACGUGCAGUUCUUGGAGAAACUUAAGGUGGAUGUGAGGCCUGGGGAUCUGAAUGGACUCAGCACACAGAUCUUCGACGGCAGUCAUGACAGGGAACGACGCAGGCAGGAUGACCUUAACUACAGGAACGCGAAGAUAGCAGUGUUAUCUCAUGUUCGAACCAGCGAGAUGACGGCAGAAGAAGUGAUUACUCGACUGAAGGACCGAAUCGCUCAACACAGCCAGGAAUUUAGACACGCCUUCACUGCUUAUGAUAGGAGGGGCAAAGGAACUGUGUCAAAAAGAGAUUUCAGACAGGUGCUGAUAUCAUUUGGCUUCGCGAUGUCUGAUGAACAGUACAACAUCCUAGUUUCGAAGCUGAACUUCAGCGAGAAAGGCCAGAUGCAAUAUAGCGACUUCAUAUCAAAUUUCUACGACACACGCCAGGGUGGAGGACCAGGUGAGGAAAUACAGCGAUCAGGAAACCAUCGUGUCAACCCGAUACGUGGGGAUGAGUUUGGGAUGACCAUUGAACAGGUGGAGAAAAAGCUGGCCAGCAAACUGAGAGAAAACUUUGCAAACUUGCGCGGUGCCUUCUACAAGUUUGAUGACAAUCACACAGGACAACUAACGAAGGAAAGUUUCCGCCGUCUCCUAGAUUCUUUCAUGUGUUUUAUGACUGAUGAACAAUUUGAGGAGUUCUGUAAGAGACAUGGAAUAAUGAAGAAAACACGGAUUACAUACUCCGAGUUCUUGGAUAGGUUUGAAGUUCGAGAUUCUGUAGAUGGACACAAAUGGCUUAAUUCAGUUCAUAGAUUCAAUGAAGUCCAACCAACCCCUGAAAUGUCGGCAGAAGAUGCCUUCGACAUGAUUAGGAGGAAGGCACAUCAGCAGUUUAAAGAUCUCUCUCACGCAUUCAUUAAGAUCGGGACAAAGGCCAAUGGUACGCUAAAGAGACGUGAUCUGCGACAACUGCUCCAGACAUUUGUCAUGCCUGUAAAUGAUGAGCAGUUCUCUAAGCUGUGGAAAAUGUUUGAUACCUAUAACCAAGGCUAUAUCUCCUAUGAAGAAUUCCUCCAAAAGAUUGGAGCAUCAGAGUUUACCCCGGGUGACCUGUUUGGGCCGAGCACCCAAAUAAUUGACCAAAGUCGUCAGUUCCUGGAUGAACAUAACGAGACCCAGCAGGGUAAACACGAGCGAAUAACCCAGAUACAAGCAAAUCGCGCUGGCUUUAUGACAGUUGAGGAGGUGGAACAGGCUCUCAAGGACAAAAUUCGUGACAACUAUGAUGAUUUCAACAAGGCAUUCCGAAAAUAUGACACGAACAAGAAGGGACUACUCUCCAUUGAAGAGGUACAAAAGGUCCUCAUUGACUUCAACCUCUUCCUUGACGACGACCAGUUCUUUACGUUGCUGGACAGGUGUGGAUUAUCCACAAAGAAGAGCAAACUCAACUACAACCAGUUCCUAGCAGCUUUUGAGGAGGGGCGUAAAUCAAGUUACGGCCACAGACGCAGGGAGGAUGUGCAGAUACUGGAAGAUCCAGAAAUGACCAAUCAGGAGGCAGAACAUAAACUGAGAGAACUAGUUGCUUCACAAGUGGAAAUUCUGGAGAGGGCAUUUGGAGCAUUUGACAAGGAUGGAUGUAGCCGUAUACCAGUGAGCGAGUUUCGGCGAGUGGUGGACCUGUUCUGUCUAAAGAUGUCAGAUGCUCAGUGGAAACAUAUAGUUCCCAAACUGACCAUCACUGGUGACAAAAUAAACUACUGCAUGUUCUUAGAUUCCUUCACAAUGUCUGAACAGGAGUGCUCAAGGGCUCAACUCAGAUACAAGUUGCUUCAUACAGCUCUUGAUUGGAAGGACUCUGAACGAUGGCUAGCAUCACUCACGAAGUCCAUCCGCUCCCAGACACCCCACCUGAUGCCCGUUGACGAAGUUGAGGAAAGAUUGAGAGAGGCGGUUUCAUCCAACCCUUAUAACAUUGCUCAGGCGUUCACAGAGUCGGACUAUGCAAACAUGGGCGUGGUUUCAAAGGAUGACUUUAAGACGAUUGUGAAUAAGAAUCUGUUCCGGAUGACUGAUGAUCAGUAUGAGAAGUUAUGGUCAGUAGUGAAUGUGAAUGAGUUUGGAAAUGUGGACUACCACGACUUCAUCAAGCGGUUUUCCAGUGAUCCCAGUCCCCGUAAGCUGCCCCCUCCCCCAACCCCCCUUCAGAGGUCCAACACCAACCUACAGCGAAGACCUGAGAGCAUGGCAUUUAGGAGAUCAGUUACUAGGCUGGACAUGCCUAGUCGAGGAUCUCGUGCCCAGUCCCGUAUGGCUACGCCACUCGUGAACGCAGAGAUGGCUGAGAGUGUACUGAAGAAUACUAUCUUCCGUAACUGGAAACAGAUCCAGCAGAUGUGCAGACAGAAGGACACGGAAAACUCUGGUUCCAUUAAUGUUGUUGACCUCAAAGAGAUCCUGGUUCGAUAUGGUGUAGACCUGACAAGUGACGAGUUCCUCAACCUGAUGACCAAGUACGACCUGAAAGAGAAUGGGCGCUUCUGCUACCAAGACUUCCUGCGGCACUUUAUCAUUAACUUGAAACCUGCGGAGGAGCCCCGGUCCCUCCUGAUGCGUCGUCAGAUAGCGACACCCAAGAUCGUUAGAAGCGCAGGCAGUACCAGCACACAGUUUUUCGAAGCCAUGAUGCGUCUACGGGAAUCUGUCAUGUCGAACUGGAAGGAAAUGAGGCGACUUUUCCGAUCCUAUGAUCCCACUGGCUCCGGCUGUGUCGAUUCUGCAGAGUUUCGACAUGUUCUGCGACAGUUUAGCGUCAACUUAGACGAAGAUGAAUUUUACCACUUACUCUCGUACUAUGAUAAGCAUAUGGACGGGAAGAUGAGUUAUAAUGACUUUAUAAGGACAUACUUGAACAAGACAUGAGAGGCUGUUUAGUUAGCUGUGAUUCCAAUGUUAUCAGUAUUACAUGUGAUGUGUUUGAAUUUGUUUUAGAUGUUUAAUGAAAAGAAUGUUUCUAUAUUUAUUUAUGCAAAGAAAUUUUUUUCCGAUUCUGGUAAAUGCAGUUUUCCUAAUUCAGAAAAUAUAUUUUGUAUUGAAUCUAUUUGAAGUGCUGAACAGGAAAGAAGACAGAAUUUGAAUAGAAAUACUGGAUAUCGCAGACUUUGUUAUAACUGUAUUCAAUUAAGAAUGAUUUUCAUAGUUUGUGCUUUGUAUAAUCAUUGCUUUUGUACGAAUAGUUCAUGAGUGGUUUUAUUAUACAAGUUUACAAGAAGAAUGCGUGUGAUAUUGUACAUUUUCUUGGUUUAUUAAAUCCUGACACCAGUCUUUUUUGUUUUUUUACAUUCUAGGUAUUUUGAAAUGUAUUAUUGAUAUAAUUUCUCAAUUAGGAAAUCACCAUGUCAAAUAUGCCAGCAACUCUAACUUAUGAAUUAAUUUAAUGUUAUGCAGCACAUCUUUUUUACCUGCUUUAUGCUGAUUCCAUUGAACGUUCUGAAUUUCUUCAUGAAACUUAAAAAAAGAUGAUAAAAUCAAUACAUUGAUAGAGAGCUAAAAUCAAAUGCUUAUUGAAGUUUUUUUCUGUGAAAUUUUAUGAUUGUUUUUUUUUAUAUUUCAGCCUGUGAUAUAUACACUCCCAUUAUGCAGAUACAAUAUGCAUGCAAUCAUAAAUGUGAUAGGUGUCAGUAUUAAAAUCCUAUAUUAAACUGCAAGUACAGUCCAUUCUAUUUAUCCUUUCUUACAUGUAUUUCAACACUCCACUAUCAGUACAGAUUAAUGUAUGUGUUAAAGACAACUUCAUGUUCUUGCAUUGUGUUACGAUUUGUCCUGUUCCUUUGAAAUGCUGCCAGUUUUAUUUUGUUUUGUUUACUCUGCCUUGCUCUUCAUCAUAGUUACAUUUUGUAUUCACACCAGAGUCUAUGAAUUUUAGCUGAUUAUCUGUUUUUCAGGAAUAAUAUCAUGUUCGUAUCAUCUGUUUAUUAAACCGCACAUCACUUGAAAACAGUUAGAAUACAUGUAAAACAAACCAAGUAUCACUUAGUACAUGUAAGGCACAUAACUCUUAUAAAAAUGCUCCUGGAGUUAUGUACUUAAUUAAGUGAGAAAAAAAUGAUAUUCUCUAGUUUUUAUCUUAUAUACAAUAGCAAACUUUGUAUAGAUGUGUAUUUCAAUCAGUAGUUAAGAAUUUGUUCUUGUUAUCCAAAAGUUGUUAAUGGUGUUGUUUUCAAAUAAUUGUUAUUAUAUCUAUAAUUUCCAUGUAAAAGUCUUGUGAUGUUUUCACCUGUUUACUAUGCUUUUCAUGCCUUAUAAUCAUUUGUUCACUAUUAAAUCAUCACGUGACUGUGUCUUACUGUAUUAAUUAAAUAUGCUGAGUUACUUUAUUUCACCAUUGCAAUUAGCUCAUUCUGUGAUAUUUAUCAUGUUUGUGAUAUGCCAUUGUUAUGGUUAAUUUAAAGACUUUCAUGUUAUGUGCUUUGAUUUUAUUAUAGCCAAAUUCUUAUUUAAUUUUAGUUUCCAAGUAAUAUCAAGUGUUUUUAUACUAUGACUUAUUUCAAAAUAAAUACCUUCAAAAUAAGUUUGGCUCUGUUCAUACUGAGAAAUUGACUGUUUUUAUAGAGGAAAAUUGCGCUCUCUAAAAGUGCAGGUACAUUAAGAAUGACAGAGGGUGGGUUUGUCCUUCCUAUAAGGUGGUUUGGAAUGCCCCCACCCCCGCACACACACACACACACACACACACACACACACACGCACACACACUUUUCAAACAGGUUCAUUUGGGAAGCCCCUGACCCCAAUUUUACAUAGGCGGUCGAAUGUGCUGUUAUGCACAUUUAAGCUAAGAUGCCAAUGUCCGUCUACCGCGCGAGACUUGUGAUUCCCACCUCCUUCAUCCAUUGAAAACAUGCAACUGAAAGAGUUUAAGUACUAAACUAUAAAUGUGUUUCAAUCUUUGUAUGAAUCUCGAGCAAGACCUGUCGAUAAUAGCAACUAGCUUGGGCUAUUCGGUUGUCCGGUUAGCGCGGUGUUUAAAGCACUCCCUUCUCACCAAAAAAGUGACCCGGGUUCGAUUCCUGGCCUGGGGGCAUGUGAGUUUGAUUAGUGGUCACCAAUCCGGACAAGUGGGUUUCCUCCGGGUAAUCUGGUUUCCCCCACAACAAAAAGACAACACUAUCGCGGAACAUCGUGUCAAUGAUUUUCUUUUGUUUUGUACUUUCAUAAUGUGGA